CGGUCGAAGAGCAGAGAUCAGACGGUCGGCAUACAACCCUCUACAGCGACCAACGACCUUCCUUUCGCUCGCUUUUCAACGUCGACGCAGCCUCAACGACAGCCACAUCUACGCAAGUCGACAAACCAGAUUAUAGAGGUGUCACCUAUCGUCAUGGUGCAGUUCGAAGGUCGUCCGAUCUCCGCCCACGAACGCUACUCUCUCACACAAGACAACCUCGCCCAACCUCCUCUGAUCACCUACGUGGCCGCCUUCUGUACCCCCACAUCCACAUCCACUUCCACUUCCACUGCCGCCUCAGAAAAGACAGGGAAGCCGUUGCCGAGUCUAUCAGGAUUACAAACGGCUCUAGAUGAAUCGGUUGGGGAAGAAGCGAUCUUGAACGCACGGGUUGUGGGGUGGGAGACAACCCAAGCCAGGUGGGGUCCUUUGGAUCUCGAGGUAAAGAGAGAGGUAGAGGCGGAGAUAGAGGGAGAGUUCGAGAAUGGCGAACGCAGGAAGGUGGGGAGGAGGUGUGAGACGGUACUCGACAAGCCACUCUCACUCUCCGAGUACGGUAUCUCUCCCAAUACCGUCGCCGAGAUCAACACCGACGAGGAUAAGCCGGACGACGACCACGGGCACUCUGACGUGGAUCUGGAGUCGGAGAAGCUAGGGAAGGUCAUGUCCCACCUCCUCCACCAAGAGACCGAAACCGCCCGGAGGGAACUGAACGUGGAGACCGGAGAUCUCUGGCGUAUCGUCCGGGUCCUCGCUCCCAACCCCACCUCCAACUCCAACCCCAACCCCACGUCCAACCUCAACUCCAAUUCGGAUAACGAACACGAGGUAGACCAGACCGGGUUCGUAGUGCUCGUAGUUCAUCAUAUCAUCACCGACGGGAUGGGAGGGUUAGAGUUCUUCUCGCAGCUUUUGCAGCGGGCUUUGCGGUAUGAUCAGGAGCGGGAGCGGGUGCGGGUGCGGGUGCGGGGUCAGGUCGAGGGCGAGGGCGAGGGGGAUAUGGAAUCGCAGCCGCUGUUACGUUCGCAGUCGGAGUCGGAGUCGCAAAAACAAGCGCGAUCGACCGAGCCGACCGUUUCGAACAAACCGACGACCACGAGACCCCUUCCUCCAGCGCUCGAAUCCACGAUCCGCCUCAAACCGGCCCUGUCCACCCUUCUGCGUGCGGUCUGGUACGAACUCCUUGUCCCCAAGUUUCCCGGUUGGUUGCAGAGGUUCUUUGUUGAUGAGAACGCUACCAAGGUGUGGAUCGGGCGGAGCAUCGCUGGAGGUGAUGACAAGCUCAAGGUCAAUGUCAAGGCGGCGAAACGGAACGGAGACGAACUUCAAGAUCAAAGCGACCUCGACCUCGACGUUGAAGGCGGCGGGCAGAGUGUUGAUCUAGCCACUUUGCCUUGUCGCUAUUCCGUCGUCCCGCUCCCCGCCGAGCUGAUCGGACGACUCGUCCACCUCUCCGCCGCUCGUCAUCAAGCCGCAUCGAACGCACCUAGGGUCAAGUUGACCUCCCUGUUGAUGGCCGCGUUGAUGCUAGCAGUGCAUUCCACGCUCGACGAGCAGACCCUCAAGGACGGAGUGAAUAUCGAAGGCAACGUGCCCAUGUCGGAACGGAACCUCGAGCUCGGCCACCCGGCGUUCUUGGGCAACUUGAUGGUACCGGCGAUGUACCGCAAAUGGUUUCCAACCGUCGUCGAGGGUCAAGGGCAGAAGACAGAAGAAGAGAGAUAUUGGGAUGUAGCCGAGGAUCUAGCUGAGCGGUUGGAGAACGGACAGAUGAGGAAGGCUGGAAGGGAGACGUGGGGGUUGUGCGCUCAUAUCCCCGACGGACAACGCCAAAAACUCCUCCCGCCCCAAAAUCCCAGCUCUGGCUCGAACUCGACCACCACCCGUGCCCGAGGCGCUUUCACCGGGUGGGAAGAAUACUUCGGCGCAUCCCAUAGACGCACCAAGUAUUCGCAUUCCGUGCAAUUCAGUAACCUCGGUCGAGUCCCUCCUUCUUUCCCCAAAGUCGACGCGGUCGUCUGGGGUCACCCUGCGGCUUGUUUCGACUCUCAUGCCGUCGAAGUGGAUUGUGUCGGGUUGGCCGGGGGCGAGGUCUGGAUGAGCGUCAACUGGAGGGAGGGGAACAUGGUAGACGGGGUUUUGAUCGGAAGGAUCAUCAAAGAGAUGAAGGGAUUAUUGGGCAGAUUGGUCAAGGGCUCUGCUUGAAUCGAAGGUGAUACGAUACGAUACAGGACAGGAUUUGGGUUUCUUUUUCGAUAACGAUCUCGCUUACGUCUCUUUAAUGCGCUCGAGCUUUGAUGUGGUUAAUGAUCACGAUUAUAGACAUAUAAUUCUCGCAUUCGGCCUCCCCGCCAGUUGGCUGUCCCGAAAUGGGUCGAUCGAAUCAAGACGAAGAAUGAUGACGAUCGAGUUCCGACAUCGGUAUCCAGGAUCGCG